UGUGAAAACAGAGAAAACAUGAACUUGUUUAGAUGAUUCCAGUCUUGUCUGCAACACUACUAGGCACUUCAGUUUUUUUCAUCACGGUCAGCUCUUGCAGGCGCUCUAUCCAGUUGUAUAACUUUGUGGAAUAAUGUAUCAUUUCACAUCAAUGCACUCACUCAGAAGCAUAGGAUGCCAAUGAGAAACUCUCAGCUUCUCGAGUUUUGUGUUUAGUUAAUUAGUUACUUGCCACUGUCUCUUUUAGACAAUAAUGUCUAUUGCACUACACCAUCACAACUCUCUCCUCACUACCUACAAGACCUUGAGAGCACUAACCCAAAUCCAUGCCUCCUUCAUCAAAUCCGGCGUCGACACCGAUUCCUACUUCACCGGAAAACUCAUCCUACAAUGUUCCAUCUCCAUCCCCAACGCUUUACCCUACGCUCGCCGUCUCUUGCUCUCUUAUCCUCACCCUGACGCCUUCAUGUUCAACACUCUCGUCCGAGGGUACUCACAAUCCGACAACCCACAGAGCUCCAUCCCCGUGUUUGUUGAGAUGAUGAGGAAAGGUCGGAUCUUUCCGGACAGCUUCUCCUUCGCGUUUGUAGUCAAGGCGGCGGCGAGUUUUAGGGAUCUGAGAACUGGGUUUCAGUUGCAUUGUCAAGCUUUGAAGCAUGGGUUGUGUUCGCAUGUGUUCGUCGCCACUACCUUGAUCGGUCUGUACGGGGAAUGCGGUUGCGUGGAGUUUGCUCGCAAGGUGUUCGAUGAAAUGCCUCAACGGAAUUUAGUUGCGUGGAAUGCUGCGGUAACUGCGUGUUUCAGAGGGAAUGACGUUGUGGGAGCGGAGGAGAUCUUUGGUGAGAUGAAUGUGAGGGAUCAGAUGUCGUGGAACGUGAUGCUCGCUGGUUACACUAAAGCUGGGGAGGUUGAGAGUGCUAAACGCGUGUUUUCGGAUAUGCCUAGCAAGGAUGAUGUCUCUUGGAGCACUAUGAUUGUUGGGUUUGCGCAUAACGGUAGCUUCCAUGAGGCUUUCUCUUGUUUCAGGGAGCUGAGACGAGGAGAGAUGAGACCAAAUGAAGUAAGCUUGACAGGAGUUCUCUCUGCCUGUUCACAGUCUGGAGCGUUUGAGUUUGGGAAGGCGUUACAUGGGUUUGUAGAUAAAGCAGGGUUUAGUUGGAUAGUCUCCUUGAACAAUGCGCUUAUCGAUAUGUAUUCUAGGUGCGGUGAUGUCUCAUUAGCUAGGUUAGUCUUUGAAAGUAUGGCAGAGAAGAAGAGCAUUGUGUCUUGGACUUCAAUGAUUGCGGGGUUAGCAAUGUACGGUCACGGUGAAGAAGCUAUUAGACUCUUCAACGAAAUGACCGAGUCUGGUGUUACUCCUGAUAAGAUAUCUUUCGUUUCGCUUCUGUACGCUUGCAGUCAUGCUGGACUGAUCAGAGAAGGUGAAGAUUACUUCUCUAAGAUGAAGAGAGUUUACAACAUAGAACCAGAGAUUGAACACUAUGGUUGCAUGGUUGAUUUAUAUGGCCGAUCUGGAAAGCUCCAAAAGGCUUACAGUUUCAUAUGCCAAAUGCCGGUUCCACCAACUGCUGUAGUGUGGAGGACUCUUCUCGGGGCUUGCAGUAGUCAUGGAGAUACCGAGCUGGCCGAGGAAGUUAAAAAAAGGCUUAAUGAGCUUGACCCAGACAACCCUGGUGAUCUUGUUCUGUUAUCGAAUGUUUAUGCUACCUCUGGUAAAUGGAAGGACGUUGCUUCUAUCAGAAAGUCAAUGAUUGUGAAUAAGAUCAAGAAGGUAACUGGUUGGAGCUUGGUUGAGGUUGAUAAAGCCAUGUACAAGUUCACUGCCGGUGAGAAAAAGAAGGGAAAAAUCAUUACAGAGGCCCACGAGAAGCUAAAGGAAAUCAUCUUGAGGCUUAAAGAUGAAGCUGGGUAUGCCCCGGAAGUUGCAAAUGCUUUAUAUGAUAUAGAAGAAGAAGAAAAGGAGGAUCAAGUGAGUAAACACAGUGAGAAGCUUGCACUUGCAUUUGCUCUUGCUAGAUGUCCCCAAGGAGCAAGUAUCAGGAUAGUAAAGAAUCUGAGAAUCUGUAGAGAUUGUCACACUGUUAUGAAGCUAGCCUCGAGAGUUUAUGGUGUAGAAAUUGUGGUCAGAGACAGAAGCCGCUUCCAUUCGUUCAAGGACGGUUCUUGUUCCUGCCGUGAUUACUGGUAAAAGUUCUGAUUACAACGUUCCUUUUUCUCAAGUGUUUGGGGGAAAAUGUAGAAUGUUCAGACAUUGAAUGCACAAGUCUUCCCCAAGUUCUGACAUAACAGUUGAAAGUAAUUGGAGACUGAAGUUGAGAUUGCUUGCAGUGUGGGAGACAGUCUUAUCGUUUGAAUGAUCAGAGGCUCUCGGGCAGUUCUAGAACAGUACUCUAGUUUGUGUUUUAUGAUUUUCAUUUUCUUAGGCGGCAAUACAGUCAAAGAACUUUGAAUAUUAAACUCUAUUUUACCAGUCUUGAAUAUAUAUCUAAUA